AUGUUUGACUAUCCCUGUACUUACGAUGACCAGCAAAAACUUUGGCGAAGUGUUGAAAGGCAAGAAAUGUUCAAUGAAAAUAUUUCGGCGGGACAAGCGGCUCUAUUUAUGAUGCGUAAUAAGAAUCCCCAAGAUGUAAUGCAAGUUUCGGAUUCCGAGGGUACAACCUUGACCUACGGCACUGCUUUGACGGCAGCCAUUCGAAUUGCUCAACAUUUUGAGAAACUGCAAUUGACCAGCGAUGAUGUUGUGAGUAUUUUUUCCACCAAUACAACAUACGUAAUGCCAGUGGCGUUAGCGUGUUGGUUCAAUGCCACGCCUUUUCAACCCAUGAAUCCGGUAAUGGAAACCCAUGUUGCUGUUCAGAUUUUCGAUAAUAUCAAACCCAAAAUUAUAUUUUGUGAUGGCUUGCAUUAUGAAAUGGUGAAAAAGGCAUCGAAAGCCUUUAAUCCUGCCAUCUAUACACUUUGUAAUCAUUUGGAAAAUGUGGCGCAAAUAGAAGAUCUAUUGAAGCCUACUAAAACGGAGCAGUAUUACAAAGCUCAGCCUUUAACCAAAGGUCCCAAUCAAACCAUGGCCAUAAUACUGUCAUCGGGCACCACUGGUUUGCCCAAAGGUAUUUGCUUAUCCAAUCGCUAUGUUACCACAGACUUUACUCUAUCUCACCAAUAUGAAACGGUAUUCUCUGCCAGCAGUUUGGAUUGGUUAACUGGUCUCAUGACCUUUAUGAUUAACGUUUUAGUGGGUGGGUUACGUGUGAUAAUCCAUAAACCCUGUACAGCCGAAUAUUUACAGGAACUUAUUGUCAAAUAUAAAAUUACUUACAUGGCCAGCAAUCCCUCAGUCUUGUCUCAAUUAUCUCUAUUACCCAGCUCUACCAAGGAAUCUAUGGCAAGUGUUCGUACUGUAGUAAUGGGAGGCACUCAGUGUUCGGCAAAUACCUUGAAACGUAUACGCUCGUGUUUGACAAAUGCUUGCAUGUACUUUGGUUAUGGCAACACAGAGGCUGGAAUAAUUUCUUGGAAUUGGCGCGAUUACAAACUCAAUUCAGUGGGUAAGAUGCUGCCAAAUACUCAACUCAAGAUUAUCGAUCAAAAUACUGGCGAACGCUUGGCACCCAAUCAACUGGGUGAGGUGUGUGCAAUGAAAAAUAACCAGCCAUGGUUGGGUUAUUAUAAAAAUCCUGUUACCACCCAGAAAACUGUUGAUGCUGAGGGUUUUACGCACACCGGCGAUAUGGGUUAUAUGGAUGAAGAACAUUAUUUGCAUUUGAUCGAUCGUUGUAGGGACGUUAUGAAAUAUAGAGGUUUUAAGUAUGCACCUCAUGAAAUUGAAAUGAUUGUUUCGGAAAUUCCCGAUGUUAUAGAUGUUUGUGUUUUUGGUGUAUACGAUCCGAAAGAUGGGCAUGUGCCAGCUGCAGCUGUGGUUAAAAAAUCGGGCAGCUGCUAUAGCGAAAUUGAUGUGGUAAAAUAUGUGGAGAGUCGCUGUGAAGUUUUUUAUAAACACCUAGAUCGGGGAGUGUUCUUUCUAAAUGAAUUGUCUCGUAAUAGAAAUGGUAAGCUGAUGAGAGACACAAUCAUGGAAAUAUGUUUGUCCAGGGAGGAAGAGGACAGGGAUCAUGUUGAUAGAUAA